ACUAAGCGCUUCGGUUUCAUCGCAACAGAAAAUUCCAUAGCAAAAUUGCUUCAUAAAACCAAAGCCUGAUUAAAGUGGAUGACAACUACUAGAACUCUUUCAAGAUGGCAUCACCAUCAAAGCCUAGUUCUCCAUUUCGUUGCUUUGUUAUUUCCAUAACCCUGGUUCAUUUCAUUGCUUCAAUAAUGAGUUUAGGCACAUGCCAAAGUCUCGUAGAAGAGAAUAGUACUAGUGAUGACACUACUACUAAAGCCUUUUUCAUCUUUGGAGACUCUACAGUGGAUUCAGGGAACAACAACUACAUAGAUACUGUUCCGGAGAACAGAGCUAAUUACAAACCAUAUGGGCAAAACGGGUAUUUUAAAGAACCCACAGGACGUUUCUCAGAUGGCCGUGUUAUUGUGGAUUUUAUAGGUGAGUAUGAAAAGCUGCCACUAGUCCCUGCAUUUUUACAGCCAAAUGCUGAUUAUACCAAUGGUGUCAACUUUGCUUCUGGUGGGGCUGGUGUUCUUGCUGAAACCAAUCAGGGAGUGGUGAUUGAUCUUCCAACACAACUAAGGAACUUUGAAGAGGUGAGAGUGUCACUAUCAGAAAAGCUUGGGGAGAAGAAGGCAAAGGAGUUAAUCUCAGAAGCAAUUUAUUUCAUUAGCAUAGGUAGCAACGAUUACAUGGGUGGUUAUUUGGGUAACCCAAAAAUGCAAGAAAGCUACAACCCUGAACAAUAUGUGGGGAUGGUCAUUGGAAACUUGACACAAGCAAUCCAAGUACUAUAUGAGAAAGGGGCUAGAAAAUUUGGAUUUUUAAGUUUGUCUCCAUUGGGAUGCUUACCAGCCCUCAGAGCUCUAAACUCAAAAUCCGACAAAGGUGGCUGCUUUGAAGCAGCUUCUGCUCUUGCUCAAGCUCAUAAUCAUGCUUUGAGUAGUGUUCUCAAAAGCCUUGAGCAAAUCCUUGAAGGGUUUAAGUAUUCUAACUCCAAUUUCUACGAUUGGCUUCAAGAGAGAAUAAGUAACCCCACCAAUCAUGGUUUUAAGGAUGGAAUCAAUGCUUGCUGCGGAAGUGGGCCAUAUGGGGGUGUUUUCAGUUGUGGAGGCACCAAAGAAGUUGAAGAUUACGAAUUGUGUGAAAAUGUUGGUGACUACGUAUGGUGGGAUUCAUUCCACCCAACAGAGAAGAUCCAUCAGCAAUUUGCCAAAACUUUAUGGAAUGGACCACAUUCUUCUGUUAGACCCUAUAAUUUAAAGAGACUCUUCUCUAACAUUAAGGUAAUCAAGGCCCACACUAUAGCUGAUGUAGUUGACAGACGAGAGACCGGUGGAGAGGGAAUAUUUCAGUAGUAAAUUAUCUACUCACAU